GGAAUUUUCCGGACAGCCUGUAUAAGUAUUUGCAUGGUACCUUGUUUACGUGAAACCUUAUCAUAGCGUGGCGACCUCUUCAGGGAGCGGUGAACCACCCUAAAUGCAAGCGGAAACGACCAAUAUCGAUGUCAUCAUUCGCACGGUUUCAAACAGUUGUCAAGAUUAAAUACUUCCCACAAUAUAUAUUUCAUAACGUUACUAUCCCAGCACCAGCCCUACCAGUCGCAGACUCCAAGAUGGCGAUGAAGACGCUAAACCCGAUCCAGCACAAGCUGACUCGCACCACCCACCACUCGGUGCGCUUCACUAGCGACGAACUGCCCAAAUACAAGCCUCUCGACUCUUCGGACUCCAGCCCUCCUAUGUUCGCGCCGAGCUCGUACCCCAACCACGACUCGGGUGCGCCGAGCCCGGAGUUCCCCGCCAGCUUCCAGCCGGCCGCACAUCGCUUGCGACAUAAUGAACAGCGCAUAAAACUGCUGAAUCAAAUAAACACGAUCGUGCAGCAACGUGCAGAACUAGAGUCGAACAGACUCACACUCUCCACACUUCUAGACGAACUAAGAAGGAAGCUGAAGCGGCGAGUAGAAGAGUGCCAUUUCGAGAAGAAAGAAAAGUUGAAGGCGUUGAAACAAUCGAACCUGCGCCUUGAAAAGGAAAAGCUGGGUCUGACUGCGGAGAUAGAGCACGUGAAACGCCAUCUGUUGAAAGAGGAGGCGCACCACGUGCAGCACGCCAGGACCGCGGUCGCGCAGGCGAUCCAAGGUGUGACGAAGGCGGGGCCUUCUGAUAGCCUCUUCAGUACGUGUUCGGUGUCCGAGCUGCCCAACCUCGUCAGUAGGAACGUGGCCAAAAACGCUCCUUCCCGUGCUGCUGACAGCAAACUAGCAGCUGCGCGUUUGAUGCGAGACAUCGCGGAACUUCGGCAGCGCGUCGCACAGGUUGAAAUCAGGCUCGCCAACGAGCAGAAGCGCAAGCGGCAAGCGGAGCAGGACAUCGUGCGUCUCCGCAAGGAACUGUCCAACACGAAGAGCUGUAUCGCCUCGCUGCGUCUCGCGCCGCCGCCAUUACGCAAGCAAUGCUCCAAGUUCGCUUAAAACACCAACAAACCAUAACUGUUAUUUUUUAACGACAUCUUUAAUUCUAGAGAGAACGUUACCACAGGAAUAUCCAAUAGAUGGCGCUAUGAGUUAUCGUGGUUAUAUCGUCACUAGCGACAUCUAGUAUAAUAAGCUUAGUUAUUGGAAAGAGUUGUAUUAAAAGAGGAAGUACUACCAUAAGUAUCAUAGUGGAACUCGAACUUCACAUAAUUAUAUCAAACGUUUCCACCACUGUGGAAUAGGUGGCGCUAUGACCUAAGGAUGUUACAUUGACCACUAGCGACAUCUAGUGUAAUAACCACUAAGUCAAAUUUUUAAAUAAAUGCUCUAACGGCUCUAACCUAACGUAAA